AUACCUCAAAUAAUACCUAUUAAUUGAAUUUUUUUCUUAUUUUUUUUUAUUUGCAUUUUUUUAAUUUUUAAUAUCAUAAAUUACUUCAUUUAUGAAAAAAAAAUACAUCUUAUUAAUAAAUUUAACCAAAAAAAAAAAUUAACUUUUAAUUGAAAAUGAUAA